AUGGCCAGGCAAGCUCUCAAGACUCAAGCAUCCCGCAAUGCCGCCAUCCUCCAGCGCACCCACAUGAUCGCAUUGGGUGUCCAUGGCUUCCACCUCCUCCUACGCUUCACCUUUGUGCGCCGUUCUUUCUGGGCGUAUCUUCUGUUGUCCUUUCCAUCCCUGCUCAUCCAGUUCUGGUUCGAGCGCGUCGGUCGUCCUACCUAUGUCGAUGGUGUCAAUGGCAAGGAAUUGAAAAGAGCCGGAGAGGAUCUCGAGGCCAAGGGUCUUACAGAAUGGAUGUGGGACGUUGUCUACUGGUCUUGGGGAUGUAUUGUCCUGACCACUCUGUUGGGCGACUGGGCAUGGUGGUUUUUCGCCGUCAUUCCUCUCUAUUCAGCCUGGUUGGCAUACACGACCUUCACCGGCGCUCGUCAAGGACUCAUGGGCGGCGGUGGCGCUAUGCCUGCCGAGGGUGCUUCCAGCGGUGCGCAAAGCAAGCGUCAACAAAAAAUGGAGAAGAGAGGCGGUCAGAAGAUGCAAUACAGAUAG